CGGACAGAUCCCGACCCCGGCGAUCCCCUUACCAGUCCAGGAUAUGACUUGCACGGCGCUAUCUUCCCUCGCGGGGAUGACGCUGCUUAUCUGGACCCCGACAUGCCCGAGGCCCAAACACCCAUGGCGCCCCCGCCCAUGAAUGAAUACCUGCCACCCGCAUGGAGCGCUGAACAUGUCGAGGAUGGCGACGAGGAGCCCGCCGAGCCCAAGUCGUUCGAGCGCACCACCAGCCCCCGCUCCAACCAGCGCAACCGGGGCACCGCCUACGACACUGUCGGCGUAGAUGGCAUCAACAAGCUGCACAAGUUCUCCCUCUACGAGACCAGCCAUCGCUUCUACCUGGUCGGUGCCGAUGUCAUGGAUAUGCACUUCCGUGUCCUCAAAAUCGACCGCACCGCACCCCCUGGCCACCUCAAUGUCUUCGAGGAUGAGAUUGUAUAUGACCGAAAGGACAUGAACCAACUCCUCAACACCAUCGAUGACGGGAACAAGGGCACCGGAGGCAUGAAGCUCAAAUGCGUCGCGUGGGGGCUUCUGGGCUUCAUCCGGUUCACCGAUGCCUACUACAUGCUCGUCAUCACCAAAAGGACCAACGUUGCCAUGCUGGGCGGCCAUUACAUCUACCAGAUCGAUGGUACAGAGCUGAUACCCCUGACAACCGGCUCGAGUUCGAGAUUCGCCAAGGACCGCAAUCCGGAGGAGGCGAGGUUCCUGAGCAUACUUGGCAACUUGGACCUGACACGCUCUUUCUACUUUAGCUAUGCUUACAACAUCACCCGUACCCUGCAGCAAAACAUCAUCCGGGAGAGGAAAGCGCGGAACGAAGGUCGCCAAUUUCCGCAUCACGACUUCAAUGACAUGUUUGUCUGGAACCAUUAUCUCCUCGAGCCCGCCCGAGCCGCACUCAAGAACACGUACGAUUGGUGUCUGCCCAUCAUCUACGGCUUCAUCGACCAAGCCUCUUUGGACGUUUUCGGACGACGUGUGUAUAUGACUAUUAUCGCGCGAAGGUCAAGGUUUUUUGCCGGUGCCAGGUUCCUCAAGCGCGGUGCAAACGAUUUGGGCUACGUCGCCAACGACGUUGAGACCGAACAGAUCAUAUCUGAUCUCUUGACAACUUCUUUUCACGCGCCUGGCCCACGCCUGUAUUCCAACCCAACCUAUACGUCAUAUGUCCAGCACCGUGGCAGCAUUCCUCUGUACUGGACGCAGGAUAAUACUGGCGUAACCCCAAAGCCCGACAUUGAUCUGAACUUAGUCGACCCAUUCUACAGUGCUGCAGCUUUUCAUUUCGACAAUCUCUUCGAGCGAUAUGGAGCACCGGUCUACGUCUUGAACUUGAUCAAAGCACGCGAGCGUAAUCCCCGUGAAUCGAAGUUACUGCAUGAGUACAAGAGAGCUAUUGAUUACCUUAAUCAGUCACUUCCAGAUGGCAAGAAGAUCUUGUACAAGGCAUUCGAUAUGAGCAGAGCGUCUAAAACGCGGGGCAUGGACGUCAUUGGUAGCCUGGAGACCAUUGCAGAGGAUGUGCUACAAAACACGGGCUUCUUCCACAAUGGAGACUUGGAAUACGACUCUCCUCAAGUCCAAAAUGGAGUGGCUCGGACAAACUGCAUUGACUGUCUAGACCGAACAAAUGCCGCACAGUUUGUGAUUGCAAAGCGGGCUCUUGGCCGCCAAUUACAGGCUCUCGGUGUCAUUGCUGGCAAGACAGUCGAGUACGACUCUGAUGCGGUCAACAUCUUCACAUACAUGUUCCAUGACCACGGCGAUACCAUUGCAAUUCAGUAUGGAGGGUCGCAUCUGGUAAACACCAUGGCUACAUAUCGAAAAAUAAACCAUUGGCAAAGCCAUUCCAGAGACAUGGUAGAGAGCUUCAAACGCUACUAUCAUAACUCUUUUCUAGAUUCGCAAAGACAAGAGGCCUAUAACCUCUUCCUCGGGAACUACGUCUUCGCGCAAGGUCAACCAAUGCUGUGGGAUCUAACGACUGACUACUAUUUGCAUCACACUGAUCCUAGAGAAUGGCCGGUGAAGAAGAGAAAAGACUACAUUCAUUGGUACACGCCGGCUCACCUGGAACCUCGAGAGUUGCCGCCUUGUACAUUUCUCGUGCCCCAAAACAGGGGAGAAGGAACCAAAGAGUAUGACGACUAUUGGUUGGAGUAUUACAGGCCACUGGCGCUCUCGUCGCUCGCAAAGGUCUUUACAUUCAAGCUCAACUCAACACCUCGAACAGUGCCCGAAAAAGUCUCCAGCAAUACACAAUACGACAUGAGCCCUUUCCGACCACGCAAGCACCCUAACGAAUCGGAACACCCAGAGAAGAAGUUGCCCCGAAAAGGCGUCACGAUUCUCGACCCGCACAGCGAAGAAGACUCGGCCCACACCGGCAGCUCAGUGGCCGCAGCAUCCCGACCCCAGUCCGCGCUCGGCGACAUGUCGCCCGCGAAACAAAGCAUCCUGCGCGAUCCGCACUUUGAAGUCGGAGGCAUUCACUCGUCAGCAACGCUCACCAACUCGUCGACGUUCAAGCCAGCCGACAAGACGCAGAUGACGCAAUGGACGCUCAACGAGUUCCACCAGAACUCGCUGAACCCGUCCGUCACGACGGGCGAAGCGUCCGAGUACGAGCGGUACAUCAGCCACCCGCUGAACCUGCCGCUGGUCGUGUCGACGGAGCUGCCCGACGACUUCACCAACAUGGACUUUGUCGAGUACGUCAACAGCGUCGGCGGCGAGCGGGACGACCGCGGCUGGCAGGUCGGCGAGGAGGAGCUGGCCGAGUACGCCGAGUUUCUGACCAUUGCCGAGAACCCGCUGACGGUGAGCGAGGAGGACGGCGAGAAGAAGCGCUAUAAGCGCUAUCGGCAGUGGCUGCGCGGGAAGAGUCUGUUCAAGCAGAGCAAGGUCGAUCCGGAGUAUAAGACGUAGGGGGGGGGGGGUUGG